GUCGGUGCACUAUCUCAGCUGUACGAUUUCAAGUACCUAAACAUAACAUACCUAUCAAUAUCAACUGCGCGAGCAAAACACGGUUGUCCGGUUCGAUUUUUCUGAUUUAUUUCGCUAUUUCAUUUAUCUACAAAAUUACAAUUUAUAAUUCUGUGCUAAUCUUACUCAGAGUGCGCUUUUGAACGAGUUACUUAAAUACUCUUAAAUAUUUCAUAAUCUAUUUAUUCCAUGUAACACAGCGAAGUUUGGGCGUAAAAUACCUAAUUGUUUUAACUAGUGUAUUUUAAAUGUGGUUCAAAUAAAUAUGUACACAGCGUAAAAGGAAUUGAAGAUCUCGAAGAUAAUGUCUCUGUUCCCGGCUUAUUCUUCUGAAGAUGAUAACCAAUUCUUAUCUGAUGAUGCUACUAAAGUUAAACUUGAUGUGUUACGAGACAUCCCAGAGUUGACAGAAAAUCAGUUGUUGGCAAGUGAUGAUGACCAGAGCUGUGAGUCAGCAGAUCAGAACCUCGAGGCAACAGAAAAGAGCCGCAAUGCAACAGAGCAGUGCAUACGUGACCGCUCACCGCUAAGAAGUGAUGACUUCUACCUUGACACCAAGCUGGACCUUGGCAACCUUUGGGUUUCUACACUUUACUAUCCUGGAAGACCCCAAUACACGCCAGGUCCGCAUCGCGAGCCAGGCCAACAGAAGCGCCGCGCGCGCCGCUACUGGGAGCGCCGCGCGGACGACGCGGACGACUCGGCAGCCGCGGCCGAGCGCGCCGCCGCCUACCGCCGCGCGCUCGCCGACCAGCCGCGCGACGCACAGCUGUGGAUGCAGUUCAUACAGUUCCAGGAACGGUGCAGCGGCGGUAUGGCUGCGUGGCGCACCGCAGUGGAGGCGAGCGAAGCUGUGCCGCAUGACCGGCAGCUGCGCACUGAGCGGCUGGAACUAGCGCGCCGACACCUGCCGCGCUCGCAGCACCACACCGAGUUGCGGGAUCUCAUCGCAGCCGCGUCAUCUCCGGAGCUGAAGCUGGAGCUGUGGGCGUGGCUGCUGUCGGCGCUGGCGCACUGCCCCGUCAGCUGCUCGCUGGCCGCGCUCACGGCCGCCGCGCGCGCCGCGCUGCUCGCCUGCCGCCAGCCCGCCGCCUACCCGCGGCUGCUCUACAUCUACGGUUCGUUCCUGCAGUCCGGCGGGCUGUGGGAGCAGCUGACCCUGCUGCUGGAGCUGGCGCUGAGCAUGAGCCUGCCGCCCUCGCCCGCCUUCCCGCCGCCGCCGCCGCCUCGCGCCCAGCAGAUAGAGGAGGCGCUGAUAGAGGCAGAGGAGCGUGCUAUCGCAAGCGGCUUGCCGCAGUCGGGCGUGUGGGUGCGCGUGGAGCGCCUGCGCGGGGCGGCGCACUGGCGCAGCGACGCGGGCGCCGCGCGGGCCGCCGCCGACCCGCAGCGCGCGCCGCCCGCCGCCGCGCUGGCCGAGCUGCUGCUGCCGCUGGCCGACGCGGCCGCGCUCUUCUUGCUGCGGGUCACCGCGCUGCGGCUCGCCAAGUGUAGCGCGCCCGCCGCCGCGCUGGCCGAGCUGCUGCUGCCGCUGGCCGACGCGGCCGCGCUCUUCUUGCUGCGGGUCACCGCGCUGCGGCUCGCCAAGGUGCCGCUGUUCCCUCUUUCGGAGUGGGUACUGUCGGCGGCGGAAGGCGGGACCCGGGGCGCGCUGCGGGGCGCGGCGUGGGGCGCGGCGGGCGGCGAGGCGCUGCUGCCGCUGCUGAGCGCCGCGCAGCGACUGCCGCCCGCGCACGCCGCCCGCAAGCUGGACGCGAGGGCGGUGCACUACUUCCUGAUGCUGCAGCCGCCGCACUACUGCCACCAGACAGGUUACUCGUCGUGGGUGGAGGCGCUGUGGGAGGCCGCCCUGCAGAGCACGGCGGGGCGCCAGCGCGAGGCGCUGCUGUGCUGGCGGCUGCGCUGGCUGCGCUCGCUCGUGCUGCUGCAGCCCGAACAGGAAGAAGAGGGCGCGGCGGAGCGGCGGCGCCUGUGCGGCGUGGCGCGGGCGGCGCUGAAGCGGUUCGCGGGCGGCGCGGCGUUGCCGUUCCUGCAGUUCGCGCGGUUGCAACGUCUCGCCGGCGACGCCGACGCCGCGCGGCAGGUCGCCGAGCGCGCGCUGCAAGCCGUCUGCCGAGACCAGAGUACCCCGGCUCCGGUGCGCCUGUACGCGGCGCGCACGUACCUGUCGCUGGGCCCCGCGGCGGGCGGCCGCUGGGCGCUGUGCUGCGCCGCGCUGGCGCGCCCGCUGCCCGACGCGGACGCGCUGCAGCGGGCGCCGCCGCCGCAGCUGGUGCGGGACGCCGUCGAGGAGUGCGAAAAGCGAUGCUCCGAAAUAGAGAGCUCACUCGAGCAUGACUGUUCGUCGGAGGAGGAUCUGUGCGCGGCGCUGCUGCCGUCGGCCGCCGAGUGGGGCUGCGCGCGCGCCUGGCUCGCGGCGCCCGCGCGGCGCGCCGAGCUGGUGCGGCAGCUGGCGGCGGGCGCUGCUGACGCUCCCGGCGCUACUAGCGCGGCGGGCGCGCGCUGGCGGGAGCAGGCGGCGUGCGCGCUGGCGCUGGCGGCGGCGGCGGACGCGCGCGCGGCCAGCACGGCGCGCCAGCUCGCGCCGCUCUUCCCCGACAACGCGUUCUUGGCGCUCGCGACCGCGGACGACCCGCUGCACGCGGGCGGCGCGCCGCGCUCCGACGUGGCGGCGCUGGCGCGAGCCCUGCCGGCGCUGCUCUGUGCGCCGCCCGCGCUCUACACGCCGCAAGACGCGGAGCGCGUGUACCGCAGCGUGCGACGCGCGAGCAGCGCGGGCGCGGGCGGCGCGCUGCUGCAGCUGGCGGCGCUGGAGGCGGCCGCGCGCCGCCCGCGCGCCGCGCCCGCCGCCGCGCUGUGCCGCGCGCGCGACCUGCUGCCGCACUGCAAGUGGCUGUGCGUGGCGGGCGCGGCGUGGUGCGGCGGCGCGGCGGCGCUGGCGGACGCGCUGCUGGAGCGCCAGCUGCGGCUGCACGCGCUGCCCGACGAGCUGCAGCCGCUCGCGCCGCCGCCCUCGCUCUCCGAUACAUAAUUAAAUGAGUUA